AUGGAGCAUGUGCCCACCGGGGAGCUCCUCUCCACAUGCUGCGCUGGCGACCGCACGCUGGAGCUCGUCGCCGCGGCCUUCCGGUCCCUGGGCGGCGGCGGCGGCUGGCUGGCCCCGGGGCGGCUGCGGGCCUUCGCGGAGGCGUGCGGCUUCCAGGGUGGCGACGUCGAGUGGGAGGAGGACUACCGGGCGCUCUGCACGGAGUACGGCUGGAGCCCAGAGCGGGGGCCGUGCGCCAGGCAGUUUGCCCACCUGGUCAACGACUUCGGCAGCGGCGGGCAGUGCGACGACGGCGAGCUGCGGAGACUGCUGAGGGCCUUGCGCGGCGUGGAGCCGCUCGGGGAGGGCCGUAUGCACGCGAGGUGGCCCGCGCGCUGGGGCUGGCCCAGGCUCGCUGGCGCUGUGUUCAGGGAGCUGGACGUCGGGCGCGCAGGUCGCUUGGGGCAGCUGCAGCUGCGCCGGUUUCUGGGGUUCCUGGGCGCCGAGGGCAGCGACGCCUGGUGGGAGCAGGAGCUGGCCGCACUCCGCCUCAGACUGGGCUUGCCUCAGGCCGUCGCCUGA